AUGUCCCACAGACCCAUUCAAACCUUGCUCAACGCCAACGAGGAGUGGGCACAAAGCGUAGUAAAGGACACACCCGACUUUUUUUCUCGGUCAGCCACCUGCCAGAAUCCCAAGAUCCUUUGGAUUGGCUGCUCUGACUCACGAGUACCGGAAUCGAUCAUCACAGCAUCUAAACCUGGUGAUAUCUUUGUGCACAGAAACGUUGCAAACCAAUUCCACCUCCAUGAUGACAGCGCCCUCUCAGUCCUCUCAUUCGCUAUCAAAGAUGUUGGCGUUGAACACGUCGUUCUCGUCGGUCACACCAACUGCGGAGGUGCCAUGGCUUGCAUGGAAGCAGCCAAAGUCGCAGCCACUAACCCCAGCGCAUCCACCCCACUCACGCGCUGGUUAAGCCCCCUCACCGCACUCGUUCGAUCUCUCGAUCUUUCCGCGUGCUCUGCGAAUGAAGCGCUGAACAAGGUCGUCGAAGCCAAUAUCAUCAAGCAGGUCGACAAUAUCUGCAAGUCGGAACCUAUCACCACUGCCUGGGCAGAUCCCCAUGCGAAGAAAGUUACUGUGCACGGAUGGAUGUACGAUCUUGCUGAGGGACGCAUCAAGGAGCUCGUCGUUCGCGACUCUCAGGCGUGA